AUGGUAUUAAUCACCGAGUCUGAGCGUAAGGAUUUCGAGGAUAUUUUGGGUAGCGGCGGUAUCCUCCGACGAAUGCUAACAACCAACAAUGAUGGCAUUCAAGCAGAAUUUGGCGAAGAAGUAGGUGUGAAAUACUCAGCUUGGGUCCUAAAGUCUGGUCAAAAGGUUGCAAUAGAUGAGACACGAAAAUUCCGUAUUGGAGACGGUGAAGUAAUGCCAGCUCUUGAGCUCGUGGCCAAGAUGAUGCAUGUGGGUGAAGAGUGUGAAGUGCGUUGUGAUGCUCGUUUUGCCUACGGAGACGUGGGUUUAGAGCCUUACGUAGCACCAGGAGACGAAAUAAAGCUUCUCGUUGAAUUGUGUCGUGUUGGCAAGCGAAUGACGUCUGAAAUGAGUUCACAAGAGCUCAUCAUUGAAGCUACACAGAAGAAAGAGAGUGGUAAUCGCUACUUUAAGGAAAAGAAUUACGACCAAGCGGCGAAAUUAUACAAACGUGCUUUAAAAUUAUUAGAGAUGUGGGAGCAUACAGAAGAAGACACAGCACAGUGCAAGGAGCUGCUGAUUGCACUUGGCAACAAUGUAGCGAAUGUACAACACAAAUUGCUACAGUUUAAAGAAGCGCGUCAGUCCAGUCUCGAGGUUUUGCAAUUGGAUGGCAAGAACAUCAAAGCCAUGUAUCGUAUUAGCCAAAUUGCGUUAGAUCAAAGUGAAUUUGAAGAAGCGAACAUGUUUUUGCGUAAGGCAUUGGAAAUUGAACCUGAGAACAGUAAAGUGCGGCAGCUGCUGGUAAAACUAAAAAAGAAGAAACGUGAUCAACAAGCUCGUGAGAGAAAGCUGUAUGCCAAGCUCGGUGGCGACAGAACAUCAAAUCCUGUAAAGACAGGAAAACUUUCGGUGCUACUAUCCAUCAUACGACGAAAUGCAGCGAUAAUUGCCGCUGUGGCCAUCGUUAUCGUUGCAAUCCUUGUGCACGUAUUCGUUGGCGAGUCAAACCGUGAAAUUUUUGAAAGCCCAGAUAACAACGUCAAUGCUACUGAGUAG